AUGGUUACAGAGGCUUGCGGAACUGCGCGGAGACUCUGUCUGCCGGCGUGGCUUCCCAGUUUCUUCACCUCAGCGGCCAGCGAUAGGUUAGUGAUUGUGCUGCAUCUCCGCCCGCCAACACGUGGAGACUUCAAGUGGAGAAAAUGGGCCGAACGUGCCGACCCAGGAAUUUGA